CACCCGCCUCCGCGCGCCCACGCCGCACCUUGCGGGAGCAGCGGGAACGCUGAGCUGUGGCCGCGAGCGGGUACCCGGAGGCCCGCGGCGAUGAAGAUCUGGAGCUCGGAGCACGUGUUCGGCCACCCCUGGGACACGGUCAUCAAGGCUGCCAUGCGCAAGUACCCGAACCCCAUGAACCCCUGCGUGGUGGGCGUGGACGUGCUGGAGCGGAGCGUGGACGGCCACGGCCGACUGCACAGCCACCGGCUUCUCAGCACCGAGUGGGGCCUGCCCGGCUUCCUGAGAGCGAUUUUGGGGACCAGCAGGACUUUGACGUACAUCAAAGAACAUUCUGUCGUGGAUCCAGUGGAAAAGAAAAUGGAACUCUGUUCCACCAAUAUCACACUUACAAACUUGGUGUCUGUGAAUGAGAGACUGGUCUACACACCCCACCCGGAGAACCCAGAAAUGACCAAGCUCACGCAGGAAGCCAUCAUCACUGUGACUGGGAUCAGCCUCGGUAGCUAUCUGGAAAGUCUCAUGGCCAGCACGAUAUCGUCCAAUGCAAAGAAGGGUCGCGAGGCCUUGGAGUGGGUGAUCGGCCGCCUCAACGUGGAGCUGGAGGGCCUCGCCGUCCCGGCCUGCACCAGAGUCUGAUGUCCAGCACCAGGGAUGUGGAUCCUUAGGAGGCCAAGUCACGGGAGUUGUCACCUGUCCCCUAACCCCGCUUGUGGGGACUCCCCGCACAGUGCUCUGCUCUUGGUUUGUCACAAGGAGCAUUCCUGAUUAGUGCAUGUUGCUGGGAAGGAGUCAUUUU